AUGCUUGUCACAACGGGAGGACAGUACGAUGUGAUCGGGUUCGAUCCCAGAGGGACAGGGGCCACACUACCCAUCAAUUGCUACGCCACUGAAGCGGACUUUGUCCGCUACGAUGCUCUUGCACCGGUCGGCACCAAUGUAUCCGACACUGCACUGGGCAACAUAUGGGCGUUGAACCAGAACAUCGCUCAGGCUUGUGCGGAGAACAACCCUGAGAUAAUUCAAUUGAUGGGCACGGCAUUCCUGGCGAGAGACAUCAUGCAAGUCGUUGAUUCACUGGAGGAAGACGGCUUGUUGAGAUACUUUGGUCAUUCAUACGGUACCUCGGUUGGUCAGACUUUGGCCGCAAUGUUUCCCAAUAGAGUUGAAAGAAUGGUCCUGGACGGCGUCCUCAAUCCAUUUGAGUACGCUGCUGGCUGGGAGUACCAAGCGCUUGAAGGCAGUGAUCCCGCCAUCGAACAAUGGAUAGCCUCCUGUAUCGAAGCUGGCUACCCGGCUUGCGACCUCGCUGCCGACGGAGCCACGCAAGAGUCUCUCCACGAGAAGAUUUAUGCUCUACUCGACGAAGUCAAGUAUAACCCAGUCAACCUCGGUGGCAACAUAACCUCCGAUAUUGUCGGCCCCCGUCAAGUCUUUCUUCCCUUCGACACAAUGCUGCGCCAAGCCCUGGUAUAUUCUCCGCUCUUCGCACCUUACCUUCAAUCCAUCAUGGACCGAAACGUCACGCGCUAUCGCCAACUCUACCCUUUUCUCAACUCUGUCGUUGAUCCAAGCAAUUCCUUCGCAAUUCACUGUGGAGACACUCUACACCGCACGGACAGUCUUGAAGACAUCAAGCCUCGCGUGGAUCAGAUGCGGGAGAAGAAUGAAUAUUGGGGUCAGAUCUUCGCUCCGGCAUACAUCGCCUGCUCCGUCUGGAAAGCUGAAUCCAAAGGCCGAUACGAGGGAGACUGGAAGGCGGCGACGAAAAAUCCUGCGCUGUUAAUCGGAAGCCCUUUCGACUCGAGAACGCCACUUUCAGGAGCCAGGAUAGCGGCUACGGUGCUAGAGCGAAGUGUGGUGUUGCAACAUAAUGGCCAAGGUCACGUUGUCCUCAACAGCCCCGGCCAGUGCGCCAUAAAAGCGAUGCAAGCCUACUUUACUAACGGGACUUUGCCCGAGUUGAACACCGUGUGUGAGCAGGACUUUAAUAUCUUUUCCGGUCAAUCGCCUCUAGACUCUUAUAACUUGGAGUCUUUAGUAGCUUCUAAUUAG